UACCCACCCUACUGGAUGCUAAUAAAUCGAACAGUCAGCCGCAGUUGUUCCAGCCGACGCAGGCCAUGCCUCUGCUGAGCCCUAAUUCCCUUCUCUCGUCCCCUCUCAUCCCAACCAUAAAUAGCGUUAGGUUUUUUCCCACACGCCGGUCGGGGCUUCUCAAUCCGACGACACUUCAUCGAUUCUACUCUUCGCGUCUCUCCUGGCGGGCAUCGUCUCCGAUGGCUACUCCCUCAUCGCAACACAACGGCGGCGUUCCUGGCGUGGCGGCCUCAAAAUCAUCUGCAGAUCGGAUUGGGGAAAUCAAAAGAAUUACCAAGGAGACUAACGUACAUGUAAAUAUAAACUUGGAUGGCUCAGGUGUCAGUGAAUGUAGUACUGGGAUUCCUUUUUUGGAUCACAUGUUGGAUCAACUAGCAUCACAUGGAUUAUUCGAUGUGCAUGUAAGGGCUACAGGUGACAUCCAUAUUGAUGACCACCAUACAAACGAAGAUGUUGCUCUUGCAAUUGGAACGGCGCUACUUCAGGCACUUGGAGACAGGAAGGGAAUUUGUAGAUUUGGGCAUAUUGCUGUACCGCUUGAUGAAGCUGCUGUCGAAGUGAUAUUGGAUUUAUCCGGUCGUCCUCACUUGAGUUGUGAUUUAACCAUCCCAACUGAAAGAGUUGGAACAUAUGACACACAGCUAGUGGAGCACUUCUUUCAAUCACUCGUGAACACUUCUGGGAUGACCCUCCAUAUUCGUCAGCUUGCUGGUAAAAAUUCUCACCAUAUUAUUGAAGCUACUUUUAAGGCUUUUGCAAGAGCUCUUCGUCAAGCAGUAGAAUAUGACUUGCGUCGAGGAGGGAGUGUCCCGAGCUCCAAAGGGGUCCUUUCACGUUCCUAAGGCAUAAGUUUUGUUUGGCAUUGACCAUGAGAGGUAUUCCCCGUUUGCGACACAAGUGAUAAGAAUAAAUUGCUCCGAAUACCGUCCUAUCACUUAAGUAUGUUUGAAUAGAAGAAUAGCAACAUCUACUGUCUCUCUAUUUAUUUGUUUUAACUGAAACCUAUUCCUCACUAUGUUUCUCUGGAUGAUUACUUUGGGUGAAAGAGUAUUGAAGUCA